AUGAUCUUCAAUCCGGGUGCGAACAAGUCUCAACAUUUAGCUGAGAUCCCAGUGCCUAACAAAAGCGCACCCCUAAGGUUUUUCUUCGGAUACGAUGAACUCACGGAUGUGUACAAGGUGUUAUGCUUAGCAGAAGUCACCAAGGAAGAACAACAUGUUUUCACGAUAGGAAUGAACGAGGCAGCUUGGAGACGGAUCACAUGUGAGCAUCAUCAUUCUCCAACUCCUACUGCGCAAGGACUAUGUCGAGAAGGAGUUUUGUACUAUCGAGCUAGGUCCAGUACUGGCAGAGGUCUGGUAAUGAUGUUCAACGUGAGGUCUGAAGAGUUUAGUGUCAUUGAGUUACAUGCGGACAUGAACAUUGAGAAUGGUUGGGAUGUGUCGGAUUGCGGAGAUGAUCGUGGUUGGGAACUGGUGAAUUACAAUGGUGCGGUUGCCUUAGUGGAUGACUCUCAAUUCUCAUAUAUGGAAUUGGAAUUUAAGUACGAGUGGAAUUGGAAUAAAGUCUUUCAUAUAUGGGUUAGAAAUGAAGUCGCAGGAACCUGGUCAAGAAACCGCAUUGAGAUCCCUUUUUAUAAAAUAAUAGUUGAUGAGCCUACGCUGUAUUUUUUAAGAGGUACCACCAGAACAGGAAAACUUGUUUUCUCAAUGAAGCGCUAUUUGCCAUAUCAAUAUGCCAAAAUAUCACUCUAUGUUUACUAUUACGAUCCAAAGACAAAAGAUCUCAGAGGAUUUAAGAUUCAAGGAGUAGAGAAGGGUCAUUGUCUUCGAUGCUACUUGGAUAAUGUUGAUACUCCUAUGCUUAUCUAA